UUAGUUGGAUUCACAGUCCGUAACGUAUAAAUAAAGCCCAAGUAAAAAUAAGGAAACCCCAGAUCCGUAGUGACUAGCAGUUACUCGUCUUCAACCUCCAACAUCCUUGUGUCUGAUCUGAAGACACGUAACCUCCUCCCUCUUGGUACUUUCUCGGCUAGGCAACCAAACACAUGGCGGAUCCAAUCCCAGCACCGCACAGAACCGCCACGGACUUCUUCUCCGAUCCACUCGACUCCCACCCUCUCUGGUUCAAGCCCGCGCUCUUCCUCUCCCCGGAGUUCGACUCCGAAUCGUACAUAUCGGACCUCCGAACCUUCGUCCCAUUUGACACGCUCCGGUCCGAGCUCCAGUCCUACUUGGCUUCCCUCAACCACGAGCUCAUCGACCUCAUCAACCGCGACUAUGCCGACUUCGUCAACCUCAGCACCAAGCUUGUCGACGUCGACUCCGCCGUCGUCCGCAUGCGCGCCCCGCUGGUCGAGCUCAGGGAGAAGAUCGAGCAGUUCAGAGGCUCCGUCCAGAAUUCGCUCGUCGCCUUGACCAACGGCUUGAAGCAGAGAUCAGAGGCCAACGAGGCCAGGGAGGUCUUAGAGCUUCUGCUCGACACGUUUCAUGUCGUCUCUAAGGUUGAAAAGCUAAUACAGGAGCUGCCCAGUGUGCCUGCUGAUUGGUUGAACGGAGAUGUAAAUUUGGCAGAGAAGAAUUUUAUUACCAACGGAACUUCCUUACAACAUGUCGAGAAUGGAACAAAUCUCAGAGAUACUCAAAGCAUGCUGUUGGAGAGAAUCGCCAGUGAGAUGAAUCGGCUGAAGUUCUAUAUUGCUCAUGCACAGAACCUGCCUUUCAUUGAAAACAUGGAGAAGCGGAUUCAGAGUGCAAGCCUAUUAUUAGAUGCCAGCCUGGGACAUUGCUUUGUAGAUGGGCUGGAACAUCGAGAUGCAAAUGCAAUUUACAAUUGCUUACGUGCAUAUGCUGCCAUUGAUAACACAAGGAGUGCAGAAGAACUUUUUCGCACAACUAUAGUGACUCCAUUGAUACAAAACAUUAUUCCACAUAGGACAUCAUUGGCAGCUACAAGGCCCUCUGGAGAUGACCUUGAGAAUGAUUAUGAGCAAAUCAAGCUAUGUAUUGAUAACAACUGCAAGUUUUUGUUGGAAAUUUCUUUUGAAGAAAAUUCUGGUUUGCAUGUGUUUGACUUCUUGGCAAAUUCAAUCCUCAAAGAGGUUCUCUCAGCAAUCAAAAAGGGAAAACCUGGUGCUUUUUCUCCUGGAAGACCAACAGAAUUUUUGAAAAAUUACAAAUCUAGCCUAGACUUCUUGGCUCAUCUCGAAGGCUACUGUCCGUCCAGAUCAGCUGUUUGCAAAUUUCGAGCAGAAGCUGUUUAUAUUGAGUUCAUGAAGCAAUGGAACUUUGGGGUUUAUUUCUCUUUGAGGUUUCAGGAAAUUGCGGGGGCUCUAGAUUCUGUACUUGUGGCCGCUAGUCUUGUCCCUGUUGACAACGUACAUUCUGAUCAAGGAAAUUCUCCAGAUUUAACAUUAAAGCAAAGUGUCACUUUGUUAGAGUGCUUGGAAUCCUGUUGGAGAGAAGAUGUUGCUGUUCUUUCUUGUGCUGACAAGUUUCUUCGCUUGUCGUUACAGCUUCUUUCAAGAUACUCAAGUUGGUUGUCAUCUGGACUGGCUGCUCGUAAGAAGGGUAGUACUGACUCUAUCCCUGGCCGUGAAUGGGCUAUUUCAGCCGUCCCUGACGACUUUAUAUAUAUUAUUCAUGACAUAGAUUUUCUGUACAAGAGGGUUUGUGGAGACUUCCUCGAGCAUGUACUUAAGCUUCUUUCUUCUUGUCCUGCUGAUGUUCUUGAUCUUGUAAAACCGAGCAUUUUACAAGGAGGAAACUUAUUGAAUGAUUUAGUACCUCUAGUUAUCAACACAAUUGUAGAGGCACUAGUUAAAAAGUCUAACGAGGGCGUGGAACAGCUAAAGGGAAUAACUGCAACUUACAGGAUGACUAAUAAACCUCGUCCUGUCAGACAUUCACCUUAUGUGGCAGCAGUAGUGCGUCCCCUGAAGGCUUUUUGGGAAGGAGAACGGGCUACAAAGUAUCUGACAAGUGAUACUAAGCAUGAGGUGCUGCUUAGUGCUGCAACUGAGAUUACCGGUCACUAUUAUGAGACAGCUGAUAAUGUCAUCAGUAUGGCUAGGAGAACCGCAUCUUCACUCCAGAGAAUAAGGCAAGGUGCACAAAGACGAGGUGGAGCAAGUUCAGAUGUCUCAGAUCAGAAUGUUUCGGACACUGACAAGAUUUCCAUGCAAAUUUUCCUUGACAUUCAGGAGUAUGGCCGUAAUCUCGCAGCCCUUGGUGUUGAUGUUGCGAAUAUUGAGACAUUCCGUUCUUUGUGGCAAUCCGUUGCUCCUGCAGAGAGGCAAAGUGAGAUUAGUUUCUAAAGUUUUGAGCAUUUGGUCUUGAGCUGAUUGUAGAUGUUACAUUUUUCCUUUUAGAAUCCAACCAUAUGUUUUUGUAAGUAUGGCGAAAUGCAUUUUUACUGCAAUAGAUGGCUAUUGAAACAUUAGUUCUUGGUGCGUUUUGCAUUUCUAAGAUGGGAAGACUUAAAUUUUUUCA